CGUGAGCCUUCGCGGCUCUGAUUGGUUGGAGAAGGGGUGGCGCUCUGUCUGCUUACUUCUAUCGACAAUUUGGCAUCAUGUCAGGAGGCAGGAACCCGGGUACAGAGUUAGAUCUUGGCUGGAUCUCCAGAGUUCGGGUCAAUCACCCUGCUGUCCUUCGCCGUGCAGAGCAGAUUCAGACUCGCCGAACUGUGAAGAAAGACUGGCAGGCCGCAUGGCUGUUGAAGGCUGUGACCUGUAUUGACCUCACCACUCUAUCUGGAGAUGACACACCGUCCAACAUCCAUAGGCUCUGCUUCAAGGCAAAACAUCCAAUCAGAAAUGAUCUCCUGCAAAGCAUUAAGAUGGAGGACUGCGGUGUGCACACGGGUGCUGUAUGCGUCUAUUCGGCCCGCGUACAAGACACCGUGAAGGCGCUGAAGGAUGCAGGCUGUGAUAUACCAGUGGCAUCAGUGGCUACUGGAUUUCCAGCCGGACAGACCCCUUUAAAGACCCGUCUGGAAGAGGUCCGCAUAGCUGUAGACGAUGGAGCUUCUGAAAUCGACAUUGUUAUUAACAGGACUUUGGUGCUCACGGGCCAUUGGAAAGAAUUGUAUGAAGAGAUUCGGCUGUUCCGAGAAGCUUGUGGAGAGGCACACAUGAAAACCAUCCUGGGCACCGGAGAGCUGGGCUCACUUACCAAUGUCUACAAGGCCAGUCUUGUUGCCAUGAUGGCAGGUUCUGAUUUCAUCAAAACUUCCACUGGGAAGGAAUCUGUAAAUGCUACUUACCCUGUCGCCCUAGUCAUGGUUCGAGCAAUUCGGGAUUAUUACUGGAAGACUGGCAUAAAGGUAGGGUUUAAACCCGCUGGAGGCAUUCGUAGUGCGAAGGAGGCUUUGGUAUGGCUGUCUCUGAUCAAGGAAGAGCUGGGCGAUGUGUGGCUAAUGCCAGAACUUUUCCGUAUUGGAGCCAGUACACUGCUGUCGGAUAUUGAAAGACAGAUCUACCAUCACGUGACAGGCAGGUACGCAGCGCACCAUGACCUCCCAAUGGCUUGAGUGGCCGAGAUGCAGCAGAUAUUGGCAGAAGAGCAGAAAAGCUGAAGGAAGAAAUUAGAGACUUAAUGAAUACCUCAUAAAAAAUAUUUAUCCUCAGGACUUAAUUGGACUAUUCUUGGAUGGCCCCUCCCUCCUGUUUUUGCCACUCUCCCCACCCGGGCAGUGAGAGAGGCAGUAGAGUCUUUCAGAGAUUGUCUUGUCUACAUUCCUUUACACUGAAGCAUAGGGUACUCUUCCCCACCUUCAUUCUUAUGAGAAGUCAUUCCCUCUUUUUUCGCCUUCAUUCUAAAGAGACUGGGCUUCCCUGUGCCUUUGCUCUAAAGAGAUGGCGCUCCUUUCUGCCAUCGCUCUGAGAGAGCGCUGCCUGUGCUCAGGCUUAAGCUCCCACACAGAGAGGGGUGUGACUGAGGUGAUAAACAACCUUGAAUUGGAAAUGAACUGUGAUGAUUCCCAUCAUGUUGGAAUGACAGCCCCCAUCAAUGCGGUUUCCAAGAAAAACUGCCAUCGGCUGUUUUCCACUGUGGUGUUCAUGUGAUGUACAGCAUGCAGUAAGGGCUUCCUUCUUAAUUUGUGAGCUUAUAAAGACGUUUAGCACUUGUAACUGUUGUAAUUUUAAAUCUGAACAUUAAUCGGUAAACUGAUUUUCUCCUACCUCUUCUGAUCUAUCCUGAUAUUAUUAUAUCUUCAGCAGAAUGUCUCAUAUAGCAUAUGCAAUAAACUGUAACUUGUAGCAGUUUCACUAAUCCAAAUACAUUUCGUGCAUUGAUUUUGUCAGUAAAAUUACUUCCAACACA